GGGCGGCGGCAGAGGGGAAAAGGAGAGAGAGAGAGAGAGAAGGAAAGAAAGAAAGUGCGUGGGCGUGGGGGCCAUGGCGGCAAACGGCUGGGCGGGACAGUCAAACGGCCGUUGACCGCGCCGAACACUCCCCUAAGAAGCCGCUUACCUCGAGCCCCCUUCCCCUCGCUAUAAAACGCUCCCCACCGUCUCCCCUUUCCUCCUCCUCCUCCCCCUCUGUUUUCCGUCCUUGAAACCAUCUGGCCUCCUCUGCUGCUUCACCCAUCUCUAGCGAAGGAGCCCUAAGCUUAACCUCUCCCUCUCCUUCUCCUUGUCUUGUCUCUGCCUUCAACGUGGUCGAUUUCUGGGUGGGGGCAAAUCUUGAGAUGGCGCGGAGAGCGAAGUCGGGGGCAGUCGGAGUGACGGAGGCGAUGCAUUACCGGGGAGUAAGGAAGAGGCCGUGGGGGAGGUACGCCGCGGAGAUCAGGGAUCCAGGCAAGAAGAGCCGAGUCUGGCUCGGCACCUUCGACACCGCCGAGGAGGCCGCCCGAGCCUACGAUAAUGCUGCCAGAGAGUUCCGGGGUUCCAAGGCCAAGACUAAUUUUCCCACCGCCUACUCCCUGCCGCUUCCGCUUCCUAUCCCGCCGUCUGCCGCGGAGAACGUCAACCACAACAACAGGAGCCCCAGCCAGAGCAGCACCGUGGAGUCGCCGGGCCGCGAUGGCGUCGGCAACGAGACGUUUCGGCUGCCGGAGCAGCCAUUCGACCUCGAUCUCCAUCUCCGCCACCGCGGCGUUGUGUCCGUCGCGGCCCCAGCUGCCGUGGGGUGCUUCUUCCCCUUCCGCCACCACCCCAUCCCCGUCGCUCGCCCCCUCUACUUUUUCGACGCGCUUGCCAGAUCCGAGAGCCGGCCGAACGCCGCCGCCGCCGCCUCCGACCCGCGCCUCUCCGGCCUCGACGCCGACGCCUGUCACGGCGGCGCCACCGCCAAUGCACCGGUGCACAGCGACUCAGACUCGUCAUCCGUGGUCCUCGACGUCCCUCGGCGCCCCGCUCUCGAUCUCAACCUCCCUCCUCCGGAUGAGGCCGCCUAAGACGGCCCGAACUUUUGUAGAUCUCCGACGAUCCGAGCGUGGCCGAGCUCUCGCCCCUCCGGCGUUCAUCCUCCUCCUGUUUUUUCUUUUUGUUUUUAUUUCCUUUUUUCCCCCUUUUGCUAAAACAUCGCGGCCCGUUUCGGCGCUGUUGCCCUCUAUGAGCAAGGGGCUGUACAUAGCAUAACCACGUUGGGCGCUCCUCCCUACACCUUAGGUUUUUCCCCGCCCUUUUGCUUUCCGUCUCUCACCGGAAAUAUGUAGUUCGCUGUGAAACUCGGCAUCCAUCCAAAUUCAAAAGUUGUUUUUA